AUGGUCCCAAAUGAGGCCCAUCAAUAUAUGGGGAUUAUCAGCUUGCUUAAGUAUUUUGGAUGGACCUGGGUCGGGAUCUUUGUGGUAGAUGAUGACAGUGGGGAACAUUUUUUGCAGAUCCUAGACCCAUUGCUUUCCCAGAAUGAAAUCUGUUCAGCCUUCACACAAAGAAUUCCACAAGUAGCCCGUUUGGAUGACACCGAUAAACUUAUUGACAUACUCUCGAGUAAUUAUGUAGAUUUCACAGAUGAAAAAGCCAAUACAUUUAUCAUGUAUGGAGAAUCUAUGACAAUUAUAUGGUUGAGAACUAUUAUAUUUAUACGAGACCCUGAAAGUAAGGAAAAUGCAUCAUUUAGAAAGGUAUGGAUCAUGACCACUCAGAUUGAUUUCAUAUUAACAGGCACUCAAAGAGGCUGGGAUCUUCAGUUAUUCCAAGGGGCGAUCUCAUUUACAAUUCACUCAGAAGAUGUUCCAGCAUUCAGAAAAUUUAUUCAGAACAUAACAGCUUACUGGACCCAAGAAGGUGGAUUUCUUAAAGAUUUCUGGGAGCAAGCAUUUGAUUGUUCAUUCACAAAUCCUGAGGAGCCAACAAAUUUCAGUGAAAGAUGUUCUGGGGAGGAAAGGCUGGAGAGUCUUCCUGGGCCUCAGUUUGAGCUUCACAUGACUGGCCACAGCUACAGUAUUUAUAAUGCAGUCUAUGCUGUGGCCCAUACUUUGAAUGCCAUUUACUCAACUAGACCCAAGUGGAGAGCCAUGAUGGGCAGGGAAAGAUUUGAACUUCAAGAUCUGCAGCCGUGGCAGCUCCACCCAUUUCUUCAUGACAUUUCAUUUAACAACUCAGGAGGAGAUGCAAUCCACUUUAAUGAUAAAAGGGAAAUGGGAGGUGGAUUUGACAUAACAAACAUGGUCACAUUUCCAAACACGUCCUUCCAGAGAGUGAAAGUUGGAAGGGUGGGUCCUGAUGGCAUUGGAGGAAAAGAAUUCAUCAUUAAUGAGGACCUAAUUGUGUGGCACAGAGGCUUUAAUGAGGUGCUUCCCAUUUCUGUGUGUAAUGAACACUGCCUCCCGGGUAAUCAGAAGGAAAAAAAGGAAGGGGAAACAUUUUGCUGCUAUGAUUGUGUUUUGUGCCCUGAAGGGAUGAUUUCAAAUAAUACAGAUAUGGUUGAGUGUUCCAAAUGCCCAGAAGAUCAAUAUCCAAGCAAUGAAAAAAAUCGAUGCAUUCCCAAAGUGAUAACCUUUCUGUCCUGUGAAGAAACUUUAGGGAUCAUUUUAGCUUCAAUUGCCAUUUCUUUUUCCCUGAUCACAGCACUGGUGUUCGGAAUUUUUAUUAAGCACAGAGAUACCCCCAUAGUCAAAGCCAACAACCGGGACCUCACCUACACUCUCCUCAUUUCCCUUCUGCUCUGCUUCCUCUCUUCAUUGUUAUUCCUGGGGCAACCUGGGAAAGUGACCUGCCUUCUCCGACAGCCCACUUUUGGCAUCAUCUUCUCCGUGGCUGUUUCUUGUGUGUUGGCCAAAACUGUCACUGUAGUUCUUGCUUUCAUGGCCACCAAACCAGGUUCCAACAUGAGGAAGUGGGUGGGGAAAAGAAUGUCCAGUUGCAUUGUCCUUUCUUGUUCCUUUAUUCAAGUAAAUAUUUGUAUUGUGUGGUUGGCAACUUCUCCCCCCUUCCCUGAUUUAGACAAGCACUCAGUAACAGAAGAAAUCAUUGUGCAAUGUAAUGAUGGGUCAGUUGCCUUGUUUUACUGUGUCCUGGGCUACAUGGGCCUCCUGGCCAUCAUCAGUUUCAUUGUGGCAUUCCCUGCCCGCAAAUUACCAGAUAGUUUCAAUGAAGCGAAGUUCAUUACAUUCAGCAUGCUGGCAUUUUGCAGUGUAUGGGUCUCCUUCAUUCCAACCUACCUGAGCUCUAGAGGAAAAUACAUGGUGGCUGUGGAGGUCUUCUCCAUCUUAGCCUCCAGUGCUGGGUUACUGGGUUGCAUCUUUUCCCCUAAAUGCUACAUCAUUAUGUUGAGGCCUGAGUUGAACAACAGGGAGCAAAUAGUAAGGAAAAGGAAUUAA